GCUAAAACGGGUGUGUGUGUAUUGUGGCUCGAUGGACCGGAAACAACAGCUUAGAGUUUUGGAAUUGGACCCGGAUCUGCGUUUCGUGAGGGGACAAGCGUCACAACAGUCAAGCGCCGGGCCAACCGCUGGAUCUCCAGCUACGUCGCGUUCGAACAAACUGCUGAUGGAAAUGCAAGAGCAGAAGGAAUCGACCGCUCCCGCAACGCCGCUCACACAUUUUCUGUACAGAGAGGAGGAGAAAGUGCCGAUGUUCCUCGUCAAAAUGUGGAAUAUCCUCGAGGACCCGAAAUUUCAAAAUAUUAUUCGAUGGGACAAGAGCGGCUACAGCUUCCAUAUUCUCGAUCCACAGGCAUUUUGUCGAGUGGUUUUGCCGCAGUAUUUCAAGCACAAUAAUCUGAACAGUCUUGUACGUCAACUGAACAUUCUGGCGCGGUCGGAAAGUGAUCAGGAACAUUUGGAGUUCUCGCAUCCCAGUUUCAUCCAGCAGCAUCCCCAUCUUUUGGCCAAUAUCAAGAGGAAAUCACCGGGUGUGCGAAACAAUGAGAACACCUCAAUGAAUAUACCAACAAGAGAGCUUAAUGUGCUUCUUGGUGAAAUUCGACAGCUUCGAGAAAAGCAGCGAGCCAUGGAAACUAAGAUGACGCAUCUUGUGAAGGAAAAUGAAUCUGUAUGGCAGCAGCUCUCGCAUCUGCGGAACAUGCAUGUUAAGCAGCAGCAUGUUGUUGAUAAACUUGUCCAGUUCUUGCGUGAGAUUUCGGAGGGCUCAUACAACCAAGCGACACAGAAUUUGUUCGCACCGCGUUCGAACCAGGGCCCCAUUAUUGCAGAUGUCACGGAUGAGCCAGAAAGUAGUGGCUGUGCGAUUGCCGGCCCGGCGACACCCGCCGCUCCAUCAGCGGAUCCGACUAGUACGGCACGGCAGUCUUCUCCUUCAGCGACAGCUCCCCAAGUGCCAGUGAGCAACGCGGUCUUGUUAUCCCCAUCACUGGACAAGCAAAUCUCGGAAGAGUUAGCCGAAUAUCUUACUGGACAGGAGCAUACCAUCGAUAGCUGUCGCGACUUGCUCAGCAACUACUGGGACAGUGUUCUGGCCGAUGAGCUUGAAGAUGAUCCAGGGCGGCAACAACAGCAGCAGCAGCAGCAGCAACAACAACAGCAACAGCUUAUCAACUACUGGGACAGUGUUCUGGCCGAUGAGCUUGAAGAUGAUCCAGGGCGGCAACAACAACAGCAGCAACAACAGCAACAGCUCAUGUUGGAAGGCGCUGAUCCGAUGCUGGCCUUGGACGAAGCACCGUGUACUCCGGAUUUGUUGACACCUUUGGCGAGCCCGACCUCCUCUACCGACGCCCAACAUACGGCUGAUCGUUGAUC